AUGCCCGCCCGCGUCCCCACCGAGGCCGACUUUGCCCACCUCACCUCCUCCCCCGCCGUCAAGAUCGCCCUGACAUGGCCCAAGCCCGCCGAGCUGACGACCUCGUUCCUCAUUGUCUUCCACGGGCUCGGCGACCACGAGAUCCCCUACGCUGGCUUCGCCGAGGGCAUCAACCUCCCCGGCGUCUUGAGCAUCGCCGUCCAGGGCACGACGCCCCUGCCGCUCGCGCUCCUCGGCGACCCGGACGCCCAGCCCGGGCGCAACUUCCACUGGGGCGACGACAUCAAGAUCGAUGACGAGACGGGCGAGAUUGACCCGGACCCGGGGUACGAAAAGGCCGAGACGAUUGUCCGCGAGCGGCUGAUCAAGGAGACCCUCAUCGACAAGCUCGGCUGGAGCCUCAGCGACAUCAUGUUCUUCGGCUUUGGCCAGGGCGGGUCCCUGGCGCUGGGCUUGGCGUCGAAGCUGCGGGUCGGGCAGGCGCUGGAGGAGGAGGACGGCAAGGCGCCGGAGGACGCGGCGUUCAAGGGCGUGCUGUCGCUGGGCGGGCCGCUGCCGGGGUCCAUGGUGCCGACGGUCAGCGCACGUGGCAAGGCCAAGACCAAGGUCCUGGCGCUGCAGUUUGAGCUGGACGAGAUUGAGGAGCUCAAGGCGGAGUUUGAGAAUGUCGAGGUUGCGCACUGGAGGAGAAAGGGCGUGUCGAUGCCGAGGGAGAAGGAGGAGAUGGUCCCCAUCAUGAAGUUCUUUGCCGACUGCCUCAACGAUGGCGUGACUGGCGUUGGGGGGCCGAGCGUGUAA